UUUUCUCCAAGUGACGAAACAACAUUGGUAACGCAAAUGGUUUAUUUGACAGUAACACACCUAUUUAAAUAUAUCUCUGUCUUCUCUUCUGCUUCACCAACAUUCCGGCAAAGAAAAAAAACAAAGCUCACUAGAAAAAAAAACUCAUAAUGACAGUGAAUGAGAAUUACAAGAAUCCGACAAAAUCCCAUGUCUUGAUCUUCCCAUUCCCGGCGCAAGGCCACAUGAUUCCCCUCUUCGAUUUCACCCACCACCUCGCUCUCCGCGGCGGCUCCGCCAUAACUAUCACAGUUCUAGUCACUCCUAAGAACCUUCCUUUUCUCUCUACUCUUCUCUCCGCCGGACUUAACAUCGAAACUCUUAUCCUCCCUUUUCCCUCUCACCCUUCAAUUCCCUCCGGCGUCGAAAACGUCCAAGACUUACCUCCUUCCGGUUUCCCUUCCAUGAUCCACGCGCUUGGUAGCCUCCACGCGCCGCUUCAAUCUUGGAUCACUUCUCACCCUUCUCCUCCUGUAGCCAUCGUCUCUGAUUUCUUCCUUGGAUGGACCAAGAAUCUCGGAAUCCCUCGUUUCGAAUUCUCUCCUUCCGCUGCUAUCACUUGCUGCAUCCUCAACACUCUCUGGAUCGAGAUGCCCAUAAGGAAAAACGACGAUGAGAUCCUCGAGUUUCCCAAGAUCCCGAAUUGUUGGAAAUACCCUUUGUCUCAGAUCUCCACGAUCUACCUAAGUUACGUUGAAGGAGACCCAGCUUGGGAAUUUAUUAGAGACUGUUUCAGAGAUAACGCGACGAGUUGGGGACUCCUCGUGAACUCGUUUUCCGCCAUGGAAGGUGUUUAUCUCGAGCAUCUUAAGCGAGAGCUGGGCCAUGAUCGUGUAUGGGCCGUAGGCCCAGUUCUUCCUGUAUCCGAGGGUAACAAUCGUGGUGGCCCAACAUCGGUUUCCGUCGACCACGUGAUGUCGUGGCUUGACGCACGUGCGGAUAGCCACGUGGUGUACGUGUGCUUCGGAAGUCAAGCUGUGUUGACUAAGGAGCAGACUCUCGCGCUCGCUUCUGGGCUCGAGAAAAGCGGCGUCCAUUUCGUGUGGGCCGUCAAGGAAGACUCGUCACCACGUGGCAAUAUCUUAGAAGGCUUCGAGGAUCGUGUGGCUGGGAGAGGUCUGGUGAUCAGAGGAUGGGCCCCGCAAGUGGCUGUGCUCCGGCACAGAGCCGUGUGCGCGUUUCUAACGCACUGCGGUUGGAACUCCGUCGUGGAGGCCGUUGUUAACGGCGUGCUGAUGCUGACGUGGCCGAUGAGAGCAGAUCAGUACACUGACGCGACUCUGGUGGUCGACGAGUUGAAAGUGGGCGUGCGUGCUUGCGAAGGACCUGACACGGUGCCUGACCCGGACGAGUUAGCCCGAGUUUUUGCUGAUUCAGUCACCGGAAAGCAAACGGAGAGGAUCCGAGCCGCAAAACUGAGGAAAGCAGCGUUGGAUGCGAUCCAAGAACGUGGAAGCUCUGUUAAGGAUUUGGAUGGAUUUAUCGAACAUCUCGUUAGUUUAAGUCUUUAAGACUAAACAAAUAAUUCCAUAUACAUUAUUGUGGUAAUUAUUCCCGAAUAUGUUCACUAAGAAAUUUAAAUCUCCAAGACUGUAUUUUAUUAUGGGGAUUAUAUUGUCGUAAGAUUCAAAUUGUAGUGUGUCCGUAGCAUAUGUUAAUUGUAAGAUUGGGCUGUAUCAUUUUGUAUAACUUCGAUUUAUGUUUUUAUUUUAAAAAAAAAUUUAAUACGUAA